AAAACGUACAGUAAUUGGUUAAACCUUGUUAGCCAUCACAUGAAGAUGAUAACUCCUCCCAGGAAAAGACAUAGCAAAAGCAGCUUUGACAUGGGUUUAUACUUAGAAGAGCAGCUGCAGGCUUACUGGGAAGGCGUUCACAAUAUAGGCUCGUGGACAAUUAGCAGAAAAAAAAAACAAAACAAAACACAGUUUGAUUCUGCAAAGGAAGGGAAGGAAAUAAAAGAUCUAUUUUUUUUUUCUUUCCUCAUCAUGGUCUGCAAAUGAAUUCCAUGGAUUUUCUACUUUGGAACAAUCACCAGUAGGGAGAAAAUCUCAAAGGAUGGAGCUGGGAAAGGCAAAGCUGCUGCGAACUGGUCUCAAUGCUUUAUAUCAAGCCAUCCACCCCGUGCAUGGAAUCGCCUGGACAGAUGGGAAGCAAGUGGUGCUGACUGCCUUGUACUACCAGAACGGAGAGCUGAAGUUUGGAGACUCGAGCGUUGUCGGUCAGUUUGAACACGUGUAUGGGCUUUACUGGGGCCCGUGUUGCUCUGCAGAGACGCCAGCUCUGCUCGCUGUUCAGCACAAAAAGCACGUCAGCGUUUGGCAGCUGGGCUGCAGCGCCACCGAGAAGAACAAACCCUUGGUUUCUCAGACCUGUGAAAUCGGGGAGCCGUUUCCACUGCUUUCCCAGGGCUGUGUGUGGCACCCGAAACAGGAGGUCUUGGCUGUGCUUACGAAGAGAGACGCUUCAGUCUUGCAUGCUGUUCGUACAGACAAUAGUAGAGUUAAGGCAGACAUCAAAAGCAGUGGGCUUAUUCACUGCGCUUGCUGGACGAAGGAUGGCAAUCGUUUGGUAGUCGCUAUAGGCAGUGCCCUGCAUUCCUAUAUUUGGGAUGAUGCUCAGAAAACUCUAAACGUCUGCUCCUUUUGCCCAGUCUUCGAUGUGGGAGGUUAUAUCUGCGCUAUGGAAGCCACGCUGGAUUUCCAAAUUGCUGUAGCUACCGAGCUUCCUUUGGAUAACAUCUGCGGCUUGAACGCGGGCAUUACGUUUGAUACGCCAUCUGGAACCGAAACUGGCUCUUUAGUCUCACAGUCUAUGGUGUUUGGCGAUGAGGAAUACUCCAUGGACCUGCGACGAAGGUCCACAGAUUCAGACAGGUCAGGCACUGUCGAUUCAAUAGCUUCUUCUUCAUCGGGACCUAUGGAUUUAACCCAUAUCCUUGCAAACCACCGGCGGUCUGAUCCCGGUCCUCUCAUUACCCUGAAACGCAAAGACUCUGCAACAAUAAAUGGUCAAGAUUCUUCUUACCUGAUCUUGGUGACUUUUGAGAGGAAGGUAACCACCACCAGAAAAGUCACCAUCCCAGGUAUUCUGGUUCCUGACAUUAUGGCUUUUGACCUUCGAGCUCAGAUUGUGGCAGUAGCCUCUAACACUUCUAACAUUGUUUUAGUGUAUUCAGUGACCUCUUCCUGCAUGCCCCAUAUUCAACAAAUCCAGCUGGAAAAAAAUGAAAGACCAAAGGGCCUGUGCUUUUUGACUGAUAAGCUCCUGUUGAUCCUCAUCGGGAAGCAAAAGUUCCCCGAGCCUAACUUCAUUCCCUCAUCAAGUUCAGACAGGUACGUAAUGCGCCUGAUGGCCAAAGAACUGAUGCUGGAAGAGGAUUCUUCAGCUCUGCCAGACACGAAGCAGCACAUGCUUUAUAGCUUUGUAUCCUCUGUGAACAUACCUGGAAAAAGAAAGUUCUUUGAAAAUCUUGCCACAGAAGACCAAGGUCCAAGCAGGGAGCUGUUGAUACCGAGAAGCACAGUUAUUCAGUCUCCUAGUGGCAGGAGAAGACUCAUUGAAGAAGUGAAGAGCCCCAGUUAUGAGCAGAGCUCUUCCUCAAGUGUUAGUGACCUGGAUGAGAAAAAGCUCCCAGGUGACACCUCCAUUGCCUUGGAAAAUUUGGAUGCUGAACCUACCAAUCGCUCAAUGGCUCUUCUUGGUUUUGGAACACCUGCCAGGCCUUCCAGUAGACCAGUUUCCCCUAAAGUGCAGUUCAGCGUGAUCCAAGAAACAUCGAGCUCUAAAAAUAACAAUUUGCCAAGUGAAAGAGGAAUGAGUCACAUAUCCAGAAAUUUAGAGAGACUUUGCGGCAGCUUCAACGAGUUACAACUGAGUCUUUCCGAAAUAACAGACCUUGCUAAAAAUGGGAGAAGGGUAUCUUUAGCCUACCCGUGUUCACAGGAACCGCCGGUUGUUCAUAUCACUUAUCAGAAAUGUUUUUCAAAUGGAGCAGUAACUGAAGAAACAAAAGAUGUUCUCCUCUGUGAUGGCAAGAUCCAUUUGAAUUUAGUCCAGCAGCUGUUUGAUCUGCCCAUUAUUGAAAUGAAACAUGGCUCCUCUUGGAUUGUGCUCACUGCAGACAAGGACGGCUUCGUGCCAUUAAUAUUCAAAGCAGCACAGGAGAUAAUCAUAAGGGAUGGAACUGACAGUUCGGAAGUCUGUGGAGGGCACUCCUACAAAAAGGGCAGCCUAAUGCAGCCUCCCAGCAGAGUGACAUAACUGCUCAACAAAACCCACUAACGAUCCUUUUUUUUUUUUUUUUUUUUUUGUCUGAAGCAAUACAGAAAUGUUCUGCAGUGUCGGAAACUGAACGACUAGGAAGCUGUCUUCACUACUUGCAAUAUAUUUUAACUGUAAAAUCUGUGAUAUGGUUACACACUAGCUAAGACCUAGGGUUGGAUGGACCCUGAUGGUUUCUUCGGGAGGAUCAGAUCUAGCCUGAAGUUUAUCAGUACUGUUGUUGCGUAUCAGUACUGUUGUUUAGCAUAAUGUUAACAACAUUAUGCUAAAAAUCAUGCAGUAAAAACAAGUCUGGCUAAUCCAGGAGCACAGACUCCACAAAAGCAACCAAAUGUUUUUUGUUGCAGGAGAAAAUGCAAUUAAAGAGCAUUUAUGUUGAGGAAAACUGGGGAGGGAAAUGAGAAAGGAAAGCACUUUUAGGCUCUCUUUGCUGUUCCAGUGGGUCCCAUGGAAACCUGCAAUGUUUUCAAAAAUGCAUAAUUCUAACACAAAAAACGUUCAACUACUAAAAUGGCUGCAUCGCUGUCUCACUUACACAGCAUGUAGAUUUAUACACGCACAUGGAGGAGAAAGAAAAAAAGCCUUGCCAGGUAAAUUAAGGAUCAAAGACCCUGAAUGUAAAUUUAAUUUGGCUACAUGCAGAUGUCUACACCGAACUUGCCACCUAGACUCCUGUAGGAUCAGUCCUAAAGUCAAAAAGCACUCCUACAGCAGAUCAGUCGUGUCCUACUGCAGAUCUCGAAUAAAAGUGAUCAUGGUGAACCAUCCCUAUUCAGUCAGUAAUUAAGUGCCUACUCCAUGCCACUGCCUGCAAAGUGUGCUAGUGUGACUGGUCUGAAUGCAGACAUUUGCACGUAGUCAGAGGGAUCCCACCCUCGGAGACAAGGGGUAACACCAACACAUCUGAGGAGCAGACAGGCAGAUUCGUGAAAGUUCAGCCUUCGUGACUAUGGUGAGAGGAAUAACAGAGGAACUGAGCAAACUCCUGAGGGAAUUCCCAGUCUUCUCGUCCUCUCAGUGCCGUGAGAUGAGUAAAGUGUUGUGAGCAGCCACGUGGGUGAGGUGCAGCAUCUCCUACUGCUGCAUAGGUCCCCACAGAGAACACACGAGGUGUACCUGCUUCAUCCUGUAUGAUCAGGGAAACAUAAAAGGGAUGAGGCAUUUAAUCUACUGUUAAGACUUAUUUGUCAUUCUAUGUGUUUUAGGUCUUGUUAGUGCUAUGGGAGAGUCUUUCUUCCCUCCUGGGAACCAUGUCAAGCCUCACAGUGCACAGACACCCUAAAAUCCAGGUGUAAUACCUCGCCCCGUACCAGUCCUGGGUCAGUAAGGCAGGUCUAUGAUCUGAAAGCACUUAAUGGGAUUGGGGAGUUUGGCACAAGUGUCACCCCAGUGAUGCAGCCAGAAAUCACAGGAGGAACAGAUUAAUUCAAUUCACUGAUAUAAAUAAUGUCCUUCUCACGCAAGUAUCUUCCCAGAGACAGAGAGAUCAUCGUUCUAACAAGGCGGCAAGCACAGGUAUGCGAUGGAGCUGGGUCUAGUUGUCCUAAUAUUUCCUUAUAUUUCUAAAUGAUUUAACGCAUUUUGAAGGAGCAAAAUGCACUUCACCAACAUCCUCACGUAUCACAAUGAUUUCUGGUACUUCAAAUACUCAGGUCUGUGGCGAAGUAAAAUAAAAAAUAAUUAUAAUUAACUAGAAAUGAUGGAAUGAUAUAUUUUAUAGGAAUAUUUAGGAUAAACUAAAGGAAGAAUUAAAGGAAAUUUUCCUGACAAAUAUUGUCUUUGAAGGGAAAUGGUGGUAGUCCCUCAGUUUGGUCCACUUACUGUGAGGCUACUGAAAUACAAAAAAAUAUGUUAUGUGGUACAGACCUGCACUGCAAACAUAUGAAACUGAAGAAAUAGAGGACUGAGAUUAUCAGGCUGGUAACACACCGAGACACCCAUCUGCACUACAUAGCUUCUUUGAGUUCCUGAUACACGUUAUUCAGAAGAAUCGUUCUCCAAGAGCUCCUGCUCCACCUUUUGUCAUCUUCAUGCCUCAGUGCUGCCACACUGAGGGGGGAUUCCCAAAUACUAAUAAAUAAUUCCCAAAGGGGGAAUUCUGGAAGAUGAAAAUCUUACCUAAUAAGAUCAGCAAGUACAUGCUUCAAAAAAACCUCAGAACUUGUAAUUAUCACGAGGCAUUUCACUGUCAGUCUGACACACUACCGUUUGGAUUUUUCAUGUACAACCUUUCUAUAAAAUGAUCUGCCUGUUGAGAAGAUCAGGAGUGAAAAGAGCUUCCACGCCUGACUGACUGCUAAGUUUUGCUUGGUUCAGCAGAGCUAAAAGGAGGCAAAUAAACUUUCAGAUGACAAAACAAUUAGUUUCAGGGAAUAGCUCUAAAAGGUGGCUGUAAAAUUUGGAAACUUAGCUCUGUGAUGCUUAACGAACUUUGGGAUUUCUUAUACUUUGCUGACAUUUUUUCCUUUGCUGUAUGAUUCAAUGGUUACUGAACCUAUGUAGGACCUAAUCUGCCUGAAAGUGCUACCAUUAUCCAGCACAAUUAGUCUAGUAACCAAUGAGGACCCCGGUUCAUCUUUUUGCACACUCACAGUUUUAUAGGAAGGCUCAGGAAAAGCACUCUCUAUAAUCAAUUAAAAAUUAAUGCUGUUAAAAACCA